GGGAGUUGUAGUUCCUUUGGUUCGAUAGGUGACGCCAAUAAGGGCUACUGGUUGGAGACUGUUAGCAGUGAUUUCUCUUGGUCGCCCGCAUCAUGUCCCGAAUGUUGGUGCCCUGUCAUGUGAAAAGCACCGUAGCCCUGCAAGUGGGCGACAUGAGGACCACCCAAGGUCGGCCUGGCGUGCUGGUUGUGGAUGUCACAUUUCCCAACGUCGCGCCUUUCGAGUUGCAGGAGAUCACAUUUAAGAAUUACUACACAGCUUUCUUGAGCAUCCGUGUCCGUCACCAUACCACAGCACACGCACCAGCCAAGUGGGUGACCUGUCUGCGGGACUACUGCCUGAUGCCUGACCCACACAGCGAGGAGGGAGCCCAGGAGUAUGUAUCCCUGUUCAAGCACCAGAUGCUGUGUGACAUGACCAGAGUGCUGGAGCUGCGCCUGAUUCUGCGGCAGCCAUCACCACUGUGGCUGUCUUUCACGGUGGAGGAACUGCAAAUCUACCAACAGGGACUGAAGAGCCCCUCCUUGACAUUCCCCACGUGGCUUUCCCACCCAGUGUCCACCGAGCAGCCUGCUCCCCGCCUUGAGGGUCUCCCAGACCCCAGCAGAGUGUCCUCCGAGGUGCAGCAGAUGUGGGCACUGACGGAGAUGAUUCGGGCUAGUCAUACUUCCACGAGGAUCGGCCGCUUUGAUGUGGAUGGCUGUUAUGAUCUGAACUUACUCUCCUACACGUGAGCAGCAGCUUUGAUUGGGACACUGGCCUUCUGUGCCCACCCAGGCGUGGUUUGGCCACCAGAAGCUGAAGCCUGUUCCCUGUGCAUCCAAGUUCUAUCUGGGCAAAAUUUACAGCUCGGGAACUCUUGACACUCACCUAGUUGUUUGAGCGUGACUUCCUAGUGGGGGCACUUUCUGUCUUUUCCUGUCUGACAUGCAAAUUCCAUCUCUUCCUCUCAAAACUCACCAAUUCUAUUUAGAAUCCUCUUCUCCUGCCUGUCCUGUUUGGUACUCUUUUCCCCAUUGCUGAGAUAAACCUGUUCCAUGUAGCCUGGGAAGCCACUGCUGUUUUGACACUCAUGACCUAGGGAGCUUGAGGAAGAGAUGCCCCCUAUACAUCCCUCUGCUUCUGCUCAUGGCCUUUUUUCUUUAUAUCCAUAAAAAGAAAAUGUCCUACAGCCAGGCAGGAUGGCACACACCUUUAGUUGCAGCAGUCUGUGAGUUCAAGGCCAGCCUGGUCUACACAGUGAAUCCCAGGCCAGUCAGAGCUACAUAGUGA